CACCACUUGCCUUUUAAUCAUCGAUCGGGACGGUCGUGCGCUGACGGGUCUCGGUCUACGUGAUCACGUCGCAUACCCAAGAGGUCGAAAGUGAUCUUGUUUUUCUGGCACACAAUAUUAUCGUCUGUCACAUCGCGAGAAACCGAUCAAAAUGUCCUUUAACAAGGCCGAGGCGAACAAGAUAGUGUUUCUUCACUCGAAUAGCGGCGAUAUGGAGGAGGAUAAGAAAUUAUUGGAACCACUUACGUACAUGCUAAAUACUCCUGGGAAAGCAAUUAGAAUGACCAUGGCUAAGGCCUUCAAUUAUUGGUUGAAGAUACCAAAUGAUAAACUUCAGGAAAUUAGUGAAAUUGUGAAUAUAUUACAUACUGCAAGUAUUAUGAUCGAUGAUAUUGAAGACAACGCCAUGUUAAGAAGGGGAAUGCCUGUGGCUCAUUCAGUUUACGGGACUGCUCACACGAUAAACGCAUCAAAUUACGCCAUGUUCAUCGCUCUGGAAAAAAUAAUGGCUUUACAACAUCCAGAAGCGGUAAAAGUAUACACCGAGCAGUUGCUGGAACUUCACAGGGGUCAAGGAGCAGAUAUUUAUUGGAGAGAUAACCAUAUUUGCCCAACUGAGUUUGAGUACAAGAUCACGGUAGUAAGAAAGACCGGCGGCCUCUUCAAGCUGAUAGUACGAUUAAUGCAAUUGUUCACGAAAUUCGAGGAGGACCUCUCGUCACUGUCGGACACUCUGGGAUACUUGUUUCAAAUACGCGACGAUUACUGCAACUUGUGCGUGAAAGAGUACAGCGAUAAGAAAGGUUUCUGCGAGGACUUGACGGAAGGGAAGUUCAGUUUCCCGAUUGUUCACGCGGUGCAAUCCCAUCCCGAGGACACGCAAGUGCUCAAUCUGCUGAAACAACGGCCGGAGGAGAUCGAGAUUAAACGGAAAUUCGUGGAUCUCCUGGAGAAGUUCGGUUCCUUCAGUUACACGAAGAAGAAAAUCCUGGAGCUGGACGCGGACGCGAGGAGGGAGAUCAAACGCUUGGGCCGCAACCCGCUGCUGACCGAACUCCUGGACAAUUUGUUGGAGAUUACCAAGGACUGUGAUAAGGAGUGCAACAGUGUCAAAGAAAUACCCGAUCCCAACCGAGGAUUAGGGAUCUGAGCCUAACAUCUUAAUCUCUAAGUUUAGGAUUGUUUUCAUAUUUUUCUAUUGCGAAGUUGGAUUUCUUCGUAGCGCGUAAUUAAUAUAAUGGGACAUCGCACUUUUACAGAACUUUGGACGAGAUCGACGAUAAUCGAUAAUUAUCGUUUCUUCCUUCUUUUCAUUGUUGAUGAUCAUUGGAAUCGAUGCUUUGGGGUAAAUCGGCACUUUAGAUGUACCAACAAUUACGAUCUCUGUCACGCAGCUUGUUUCCGAUAUAGAUCGAGAAUGCACAAUGAAAAUUAGUCGCCCGUUCGAAAUCGUUUAUUGGCAAUGUUUUUCUUACGGUGAGUGUUACAAUCAUUUACCGACAUACGAGAACGAAAAUGUUUUUUGUACGUCAUGCUGUUAUACAAGUAUUAUUAUUAUACAUUUGUACCUGUGUAUGAUUCCGAAAUACAUUGAUGACAUAAAAGAGUCGUCGGUUCAACCGACAGACGUAUCUCUAUCUAAGAAAAAUA